AUGACUUUGGAUCUCAGCUUUGGCGUCACCCUCUCCCUCGAUGUUGUGUUAACUGUCGUACAUGUCAUUGCUAUCACUCUCACCGCUUUUCGAGUUUACUAUCGAGCUGUGACCCAACGUUACUGGUGGGAUGAUUUCGUUGCUACCAUGGCUUUGGUAGGAGACUGUGUGUAUUUGUCUGCUUUGUGGUUUGAAUACGCUAAACCCAAUAGUGUAUUGCAAGAGCACAAGGUAUUGGUGGCUCGGUAUUGGCUCGGUCUAAUGCUGUUUUUACUGGUCGAAUGGAUGACCCGUAUCAGCCUUGCGCUUGCAAUCGCACGGAUAUUUCCACCACAACAACCAACAAGGCGUUUUGCUGUGGGUUUGGCGUUACUGUCGACUGCGUUCUGUCUUGCAAUCCUAACCGAGGCGGCUGUCAUUUGUGCACACCAACCUGCAUUGGUUUCAGGGCCAGAGGCCGCAUGUCAAUGGCCUGAUAGCUUGCGGACACUAAUUGUCGUCGCCAACAUCUCCUCAGAUUCCUUGCUCAUAGCCACUCCUCUGUACAAGCUGUGGCGCGUUAGAUUACCGAGGAAACAGCGACGACUUAUUCUUUGUGGAUUUACAGCAAGCGCCCUUACUACAUCUGCUACUGUCGCGUGUGCGGUGUUUCUAUUUGCACCGGAAAGCUUAGAACCAGGAAAGACUAUUUUGCGGGGUAAACUCAGUUAUUUCGAGACUGGGAUAUCCCUCAUUGCAUGCAAUCUGCUCGUGGUGAUGGCAUACUUUUACUCCGUUUUUCAUCGAGGUGAAGAUACUGAAUUGUUGGAGUAUACGUCGGAAACGUGCGAAACGCGUAGCGUUGGGACUAUAUCACACUCCAACCAUAUGCCAUCCUCAGUUGCUACUCCCUAUACGCUGACAGAAAUUACAGAUCAAUCGACAUUGGAAGAUAUAGGAUGUACAGGGGGUAGUGUGUUAACCUCAGGAAGAUCAACCUCCGAACAUCGAACUGAUUUCAGCCGUUCGACACAUUAG